UCUCUUGACUCUACUUUCUGAGGUUUGUAUUUCCUUUCCUCUCGACUAAAACGAAUUCCAGUACAGAGUCCCAGACGUCUGACGUCUGGGAUUGUAAAUGUUUUUCUUGGCAAAUUUCAUUCUUUUCUUUUCACAACAAUUAUUAGAAAUUGAAACGUGUCUCUUAAAAAUCAUGUACGUUUUGUUUACGAAAAACAAGUGAAUAACGGUUUGAAAAGUUAAACGAAGCCGGGCUCAAAAAUAUUCCAAAGAAUAUUUCUCUAUCCGUUUACAUCCUUCUAUUUAUCAUGGCGGCUGUUGCAAAUAAACCCAAGUCGGAGAUGACACCGGAGGAAUUGGCCAAACGGGAAGAAGAAGAAUUCAACACUGGACCACUUUCAGUUUUGACUCAGAGUGUAAAAAACAACACUCAGGUCUUGAUCAACUGCCGUAACAACAAAAAGCUACUGGGACGUGUUAAAGCUUUUGACCGUCACUGCAAUAUGGUUCUAGAAAAUGUCAAGGAAAUGUGGACUGAAGUUCCCAGAACAGGGAAAGGAAAGAAGAAGAGCAAACCAGUCAACAAGGACCGUUUUAUCUCCAAAAUGUUCCUACGUGGAGAUUCUGUAAUAUUAGUAUUAAGAAAUCCUUUGGCUGGUACUCCUGGAGCAAAAUAAUUGUAUGUGUUUAUCUCUCACUUUUGUAUGAAAUAAAAAAAUCGAACAGCGGAAAA